AUGAACUCCUUCUCCCUCAUCUGCCUGGUCGGCAUCAUCGGGAACGCCCUGGUUAUCUACCUGGUGUGUCGGCACAAGGAGAUGCGGACCGUCACCAACUACUACAUCGUGAACCUGGCGGUGACCGACCUGGCCUUCCUCAUUUGCUGUGUGCCGUUCUCAGCGGCCAAGAUCACCACCCUGUCCUGGACUUUCGGGGAGUUCAUCUGCAAGUUUGUCUUCUACUUCAUGCAGGUCACAGCCCAGGCGACCUGCAUGACCCUGGCUGUUCUAAGUCUGGACCGGUUCUGGGCCAUCGUCAGACCAUUCAAGACGCCCUGGUUCAGGACGUCUGUCGGAGUCUUACUCACCACCGCCAUCAUUUGGGCCGGUUCCUUUCUCCUGUCCCUGCCGAUCGCCUUCUUCAUGAAGGUGUUUGAGCGCGACUGGUACGGCGUCAAGCUGAUCUGCCUGGAGGACUUCCCCUCACCUAACGAAUACCCGGCCUACAUCAUCUACACGGUACUCAUCAGUUACGUCAUCCCCCUGACAACCAGCGUUGUCUGCCACUGCCUCAUCCUUCGUUACCUAGCAACCAUGGCCGCGAAUACGUCAGUGGCGCAGCAACACGUCAUGGCGAGAAAAAAGAAGGUUACUCGCAUGGUGGCGACUGUUGUCAUCCUCUUUGCCGUAUCCUGGGCACCGAAUCACGUGCUGAAUCUGUGGUUUGCCUUUGAAAAAGAAGGACUGAAUGAAAUCCCACAUGUCGUCAUGUGGUUAAAAAUUACCGCUCUAUGUCUAAGCUAUGCCAACUCUUCUGUAAACCCUUUCGUUUAUGGGAUCAUGGGAGAGAACUUUAAAAAAGCUUUCGCAAAAUCGUUUCAAAAGGGGGGCUCCUCUGCGGCGGGUUCCGCGGUCUCCCCAAAGACUCCAAAGUUUACAAAGGAGGAAGAAAUUGGCAUGGGGAAGAUUGGGGCUCACCGGACGGCUAACUCUGGGGAUAAAAACACCCCCAAUGACAGCAGCAGUGAGCUGGAAAAGAAUGACGUGCAUAAACGAAAGCUUACUAUGUGAGCUUUACAGUGUUACUUAUCUAGGCAAUAUGAAAGAAGGACUAAGGCGUGGCCUCAUAGGUCGUGCGAUCGUCGUGCGACCACUAACGAGCAUUUUGGAGGACAAAAAUGUAGGUUUUCCUGCAACGUUCAACCGUCUUGGUAUACAAAAUGCUGUUUUGGAUCCAUGUCGGUGGUUGGUUCCGU